AUGAUACGGUGGUUUUCUCGGCUGGGCUCACCGAGCCCUUCGCCUACCAAUUCUCCUGCUGCUAUUAAUGGAUCACCACGAAAAGAGGCAGUCCCCGAAAGCUGGAGUGUUGCGUACGCAUCGGAUCCUACCGAAUGGGAACGGAAGUUCGAUGAAUGCUGGGAUAUAGUCGAAAAGAUUUUGGACAAGAAAGAAUGCGAUCCAGAGCAUGAUAUCACAUAUAAUGAGAUGACUCAACUCAUUGCUCAGCUGACUCGAAUGUGCCAAUUGCUGAUGAUGGAAGUGAACGCGCAACCCGAACCCGCUAUUGGUCCAAUACUUGAUCGUUAUUUCACGCAACAAAUCAUGGAACGAGUCCUUGAUUGGGCUAUCCAAGUCCCCGAUUUUCUGAAACCAACUUGUCAGCUAGCACUUAUUCGAGUCUAUGAAUUGAUUGUGUCUGAAAGUCACACUCAAAAUCAUUGCUUGCUGGUUCAUAAACCGAUUUUGAACCCGCUUCUCAGGCUAUUUGAGUGGUGUGAGCGAGCAGAUGGCUUGCGGCCGAACAAGUUGGGACACCCAUCUGCUACUGAAAAACAUUUUGUUGUGUUGCUCAACCAGAUUUGUACGAAACUAGCAGAAGACCGUACCCUCCUUCAUUUCUUUUUUUCUUGCACAGAUGGUGCUGACCAAUUUAUAGUGUUCUCGCUACUUAUUCCAUUUUUAUACGAACAGAACGAUGUUGGGCAGCUGGCCCGAGAUGCAUUACUGUUGAUUCUUUCCGUUUCCGCAAAACAUGAACAAAUAGCCGAAUUCGUUGCCUACAAGAGUGCCUUUUGCCCUGUCGUCGCAACGGGGCUCUCCGGGUGUUUUUCUCAACUGGGUCGUAUUUUAACCGGUGAUGGUGCGGAACGGAUUGUGCCUGAGCACGCUGCUGAGUCUCUCGCUAAUUUCCACUCUUCGCUGCUUUUUUGCAAUGCGGUGGUUCAGGCGGCUCAUCCCUCCGUGGUCGAACAAAUCUGUAAUUUUUUCUACUCUGGCUUUCUGAUAUCUGUUGUGAAACCAGCACUUCUUCAGGAAGAACAGGAAGGUGUUGCUGCAGCUACGGUUUAUCUUCAACUUUGCGUGGAAACAGUCACGGAAGCUCCUUUGCUUCGAACGAUCAUCAGGAUGCUGUUGCUUGAACGUGACGAUGAGCGUCGGUUACUUGUUGAAGUGAUCGUCGGUCGAGUUGCGAGCGGAGAUAAGCUUGGUGUCGUUUCACUUUCCCUACUCGAUUCACUUCUUCAAAUAGGCUGUGAAGAUCUUAUGCUGGUCCUUGUUCUUCGACACCUUUUACCUAUGUACCAUGUAAGUCGAGCACAACUAAGUAAAGUGAGAGACAGGUGCCAAGCUUUGGCGUCUGCCGAGCGACUUCUUGACUGUGUUCCACAGUGCAUGUUAACUUUCCCUGAGAUCUGCUCAGAGGAAACGGUGUCUUUAUAUUUGCAAGAGGGAGCACAACUAGUAGAAAAACGUGCAAAAGCUUGUUCUGCGUGGAAGUGGCGUUAUGACGGCGUUCAUCCAAGCCCAUUAUUGUUCCGAGGAGACAGUGAUGAGGAACCGAACUUACAUACGCCGUUUACACGUCUCUCUUCGUGUAGAUCAUCUAUGUCCUCGGCAUCUUUCGGGUUGAAUCGGUAUUUUGCAUCCAAGAACUCUCAUCUCACCUCGGAUUCUGCUCUAGGAGUUGGUGAGAACUUCGCUGGUCUUCUGGCCGAGUUGGGUGGUUCACCGCCUCAUUCACUCGACGGUAGUAUAAGUCCUGUAGAAGAAGACUCUGAGUUUAUCUUACCUCCUAUCAACACCUCAUCGAUUAUGACUUCAUCGAUGGUGGACUAUUUCCAACUGGCAGCUUAUGAUGAUCUCUCAGAAAGUGAAGAUUCCCCCAGUAGCCUGGAUAAAAAGGACUUGCGAAUUGAAGGGAAGAAAAUUCAAUGCGAAAAACAGGGGUCAGUGUCAGAAGCUGAAUCAGCGACUACAGGGCAAGGAUUUGACACUGAUGCUGAGAUGGCCAGGUCUUUUGUGCUUAGCGGAUGGGCAGAUGUUGAGGAUCUAGAUACGUUUAUCUCUUUGCUGGAUCGAAGGACAGUUCCGAGCAAACAGAAAAUGUCAUCGGCGGAGACGAUGGCAUUCAUUGACUCGAAGUUGCAAUACAUGAGGGAAAUGGAGAUGGAGAAACAGGAGCCUCCUGAGAUCAAAAAAGAGGUGAAAGAGAAGGAGCGAGUGGUACAAGUACACGGACAGCUAAUUGAUGCUGGACAAGAUGGUUCUCUCUUUCUUGACUCUUUGCUGACGCAACUAGCAGAAAUGACUGAACACUCUUUGGCAUUCAAUCUACAACUGGCCAACGUUUUGUGCUCACUGGCAGCGUAUCCACAGCCUUUGCUAGUCGCAAGCAUUUUCAACACUAAACCGAGCGAUGGAUUCCCGCAUUUGAUACAGGUUUUAACUGAAUUGAAAGAACGCGUUGAUGCUGCGGCAAAUGCUAUCGAAGGACUUGAUGUCUAUGUCGGUAGAGCAUUACGCACGUUGAAUGGACGUGCAGAGAAGAUGGAGCGAUAUUCGGACGGAUAUAUAGCUCGGCUGUCGGAUUCCCCGCGUGACGAUGCUUUCGCACCGAUCACUUCAUUCCUACGAGGACGUCCUUUCGGUAGCUCAGGAAGGAGAUCACAUGGCAUAAGAUACCACAGCCAUAAAGCUGUCGAGUCUGAAGCAGCGGCUCGUGACGAUGCCGCUUCGAAGAACAUCGUACAUGCGGCUAUUGUCUUGGCGAACCUAUGCCAAUACCUUGCUGGUAUCGCGAUGCAACAAUCUGUUGCUGUUUGCAGAUCUCUGACGCAACCACGGUCAACAGUUUGGUUCACAAAUCAGCAGUUUAGGAUUUCAAUCGAUAGACGGCGGAAAUGUCUCCGCCAAACUCCGCACGUCUGCUGCGGUCGGACGAUGUCACGCCAUUUCGCCGUAGAUGAUGGGUUCAAAAUGACUAUGAUAAAUAGUUAUCCGGAACGGAUGAAUUUAUCAUUUUCUGGAUGCGGAUUCCUAUGUAUAUAUCAUGCAGGAGUUGCUGCUGCAAUAAAGGAAUACGCACCUCAUCUUAUCCAAAACAAAAUUUCCGGAGCAUCAGCAGGAGCUAUAGUAGCAGCUGGGCUUGUCACGAAUGUUUGCAUAUCGCAAGCCACUAGCACGAUUUUGAAGAUCGUCACGCAGGCACGAUCACGGGCACUAGGUCCUUUACAUCCUGCUUUCAAUCUUCUCGGUUUGGUGCGUGAGGAAAUUGAGCACAUAUUACCCCCAAAUUCUUACAAAAAAUGUUCUGGACGCCUACAGAUUUCUUUAACUCGUUGGCGAGAUAACAAGAAUGUGGUCGUCACAGAGUUUGAAUCUAACGAAGAAUUGAUAGAUGCUAUAAUCUGCAGUUGUUUCAUUCCUAUAUACUGCGGUGUAACACCGCCAACAUAUCGAGGAGAAGCAUAUAUCGACGGUGGUUUCACUGAUAAUCAGCCUUCGUACGACGAUCACACUGUAACAGUGAGCCCCUUUUCUGGGGAAUCCGAUAUCUGUCCCCCUGAUUGGGAUAGUGCAAGCUUUUUUGGCAUCUGCUUCUCAAAAACGUCAAUACGAUUCACGACACGUAAUCUUUUUCGACUAACAGCAUGUUUAAUGCCUCCAUCAACAGAGGACUGCUCCAAAAUGUGUCUGCAAGGAUUUGAAGAUGCGCUUCGAUUUCUAUCGAAGAAUGCUAUGGCACCAUGCAUUCGCUGUCUAACAGUACAAACUAACGUGGAUCAAAUUUUGGAGAGUUACAGUCCUAUAGAAGAUCGUUUGCAAGUACCCAUGAUUGCUCCACGACUACGGCGGACUAAUUCUGCUGCCGCUAAGAGGCGGCUCGAGUCUGAGUGUGAUACUUGCUGUGAAAGUGAACAUAUGUACAACACAUCAGUGAGCGAAGUGUUCCCAUCGAUAAUGACAAAAACUUUCGAUGAAGCGUUCGCUGCUGAAGACUCUUUCUUCAAAUACUUGUUGUCGUUUCGAAUGUUCCGAUAUGCACGAAUGGCUUUAGGGGUUGGAAAACUGCCGUGGGACAUGCUGCUUAUUUUCGUGAAGAAUGUGAUUUCAUGGCUAUCAGCGGUUGUUGCUCCUGAGUGGUUAAGGGCUAAGUUUACCGCUCUCGUUGAUUUCGUAUUAAUGGAAGUGGAGCGGCAAAAAUCACGUUACAGCAGGUUCUCCUGUUUGCUACCAGUACCUGAAAUCACUUAUAAUAGACGUGAACCCGAGAUUGAACUCAGUGAGGACGCACGAAAAGAGCUGGCAGUUAUUCGAGAAAGUGAUAAGAGGAAAAGGGCGAAGGCGGAGGCCACAGUGUCAUCUGUCACUUCAAUUCCUUCGAUUGAUUGGACUUUGCUUGAUGAUGCAGAAAAUGAGGAUUCACUCCAGCAUGUCAUCGAAUACAGCGAAAGCCAUGACGCUAUGUAUGAAUUCCACUAUUUGGACGAGAACAACAGAAUACGUACAUUCGAGCUAUUCAACAUGGCCGAUCCAUUCAAACGGCACGAGUGCCACUCGCGUAUCAGCAGCAUACCACCGUCUCGGCCCGUAUCUAUGUUAGUGGAAGAGGAACAAGAAAAUGUAGAAGCGGAAGCAGCUUGUUCAAGCAAAGCAGAUGAGGAAGAUUCAGGACUAUCGGGGGUGGAAGGACAAGCGGAUACCGGCCGACGUGAUGCUUGCUGUUCUCCUGUGCGACAUUUCCCUCCGUUGUUACGAAUGAGCGGACGUGGUAAAGGUUCCAGUCGACGUCAUAUGGGUUCAGGAGGAUCAAGUGGACAACCGUCGACCAGCCGGAAACAACAUUCCACAUCUCGUAGUGGCAGUGUCGUCUCAGGUUCUGGGAUGAACGUGGACGUUAUUCGAUCAGCUUCAUCUGAUUCUGAAGGCGACGGUGCUGAGAAACUAUUCGUACCAGCUAGGCGUCAACGUACUUCAAGUAUUGAAUACGACGGCGAACCGGAACCUAAUGUGAUACAGGUUAUUUCACUGGCUAGUGAAGUACGUACCUCGAAGAUUUCAGCAGGAACUCACCAUUUUGCUCCAGCUGCUGUAUAA